CCGCUCUGUCAUCGGGUCAUCCUCUCUGUGUGCCCCUCCACCCGGUCCUCCCCAGCUCCAUCGUCUCGCGUGCUACCCCGCCAUCUCGCCGCAAGCCGGUCAGCUUCUGGUUGCUAUCAGUUAGGACCAUUCCGUCUUCAUCAAACUCCGGCCAUUCCCUUCCUGAUUCUUUCCCUGCUUUCUCCUCCUUGGGGUAGCGUCUCUCACCGCUCGUGAUGGAGUCGGUAAACCGGGCUCGCGAUGAUAAUUCACAAUGGAGUGGUGUCGAGGAGACCUCGGAGGACCCAGAGGAGAUCCGAGUCAUAUUCUGCGCUCUUGAUUCGUUUAGGUCAGUAUUAUCGGCCUAUCGUCGUAUCGUAUCUUUUACAGUGCUUCCUGCUUUUUUCUCUCGUCCACGCCCCCCUCUCUUAGGUAUUCAAUACGCGAAGACGGCCCACCUAAAUUGCACCCAUCUUCGCAGGCAAGCAUUUUACGCUCUGCCUCAAGCACACUGGCAGUUGCUUGCCCAACCUCCCUUCUCAUAUUUGGAUAUGUUGUCGCGGAUAGACGAUGCCAUAGAGUGCAACGCAGAGCUUGCUCGCAUAAUCGUCAAGGCCGGCCUUCGAUCCUUUGGUGUGGCUAGCACGACGUCGGGAGAGGAACCCACCAUGCCCGAGGAAUGGUCCGGUAUUGCUAAGUACAAUGACCUGGAUAAGGCCCGGAGCAUUAUUCGGCAAUUUUACCGUGACUGGUCGACCGAGGGCGCCAUCGAGCGCGACGCUUGCUACGGUCCCGUUUACGACGUCCUGCAGGCAGAAAGGGCCAAGCGUAACGACGGGGUCCGGAUGAAGGUGUUGGUUCCCGGCGCCGGGCUGGGACGCUUAGUCUUCGAUCUCUGCCGGUUAGGCUACGAGAGCGAAGGAAACGAGAUAUCAUACCAUCAGCUGUUGGCGUCGUCCUACAUACUUAAUUGGUCUGAGCAAGCGGGGCAGCACACGAUAUACCCAUGGAUCCACAGCUUCUCCAACCACCAGACCCGAGAGAACCAGUUUAGAGCUUACAAGAUCCCCGACAUCCACCCGCAAACUACGCUCGCGUCGACCCAAGGCAUCGGGUCGAUGCAGAUGUGCGCAGCCGACUUCCUCUGCCUGUACGGCGACGAGGGCCACAGGGACUCGUACGACGCCGUGGCCGCGGUCUUCUUCCUCGACACGGCCCCGAACCUGAUCCGCUACCUCGAGGUCAUCCGGAGCUGCCUGAAGCCCGGCGGCGUGCUCAUCAACGUCGGCCCCCUGCUGUGGCACUGGGAGAACCACGUGCCCGGGCACCACGGAUACGACGGCGACGGCGACUACGACGAGAGCAGCGUGUCGGGCAUCGCGGAGCCCGGGAGCUUCGAGCUCACCGACGACGAGGUCGUCGCGCUGGUCGAGCGCAUGGGCUUCGUCGUCGAGAAGCGGGAGAAGGGCCUACACGCGCCCUACGUGCAGGACGCCCAGAGCAUGCUGCAGAUGGUGUACAAGGCCAGCCAUUGGGUUGUGCGGAAACCCGUCGCCGCCGCCGAACCCGGGACUGGCCCCUAAGGGCGUACCGACUAGGCCUCGGGAGGAGAGGAGAGGGGAGGGCGAAACGGAAGUUUCUAACAAGCAUUUGCAUCUGGGGUUUUGAGACGAAAAAAUCUCUUUCGCACGGAUACCACUUACUUCUACCGCCAGCGCGCGGAGACGUUAACGAGGUCAUGACAUGCAUAGGGAGGGAUAUUAUAGACCUGUGACCUAUAAGACAUAUAUACUA